AUGCUGAGAAGUCUGAAAGGACUUGUCUGCCAUCCUCUAAAGCUGGACCACGGCUAUGCCCUCCACACAGCAGCCAAGGAUUGCUUGAGUUCCGUUGUCGGCCAGGACGUCCAAACGCUGGCAGAGAGACCACGAGCAGUUUUCUGUACCAGCGAGAACGACCCGGCCAACCACACAGAGCAGCACGAGGGUCGUCACUACAGCAUUCCGCUUGAGGAGGUGAAAGCCGUGUUUCCCCAUGGCCUGCCCCGUCGGUUCCAGCAGCAGAUUAAGACCUUCAACGAAGCCUGCCUGAUGGUGCGCAGGCCAGCGCUGGAGCUGUUCGCUUACCUGAAAAGCUCCAACUUCGCGCACCCGGCUGUCAGAUACGUCAUCUAUGGUGAGAAAGGAACAGGGAAAACCAUGACCCUGUGUCACGUGGUUCACUACUGCGCAAGGCAAGGCUGGCUGGUGCUGCACGUCCCAGACGCUCAUCUCUGGGUGAAAAAUUGCAAGGAGCUUAUGCAGUCUUCCUACAACAAAGAACGGCUUGAUCAGCCCUUGCAAGCAUCUUUCUGGCUCAAGAACUUCAAGAUCUCCAACGAGCGCUUCCUAAGAGAGAUAAAAACACAAAAAAAAUACGUGUGGGGCAAACAGGAGAGCACUGAGGAGGGCCGGCCCUUGGGAGAAGUGGUGGAGCAGGGUUUAGCUCGUGUGAGAAAUGCCAGCGAUGCUGUCGGGGUCGUGCUGAAAGAGCUAAAGCAGCAAAGUCACCUCGGCUCCUUCCGACUUCUCGUGGCGGUGGACGGCGUCAACGCGCUCUGGGGAAGGACUACGUUGAAGAAAGAAGACAAAAGCCCUGUUUCUCCGGAGGAGCUGACACUUGUGUACAAUCUGAGGAAGAUGAUGAUGAAUAAUUGGAGCGGAGGUGCGAUUGUGACCACCCUCACCCAGACGGGCUCUCUCUUCAGGCCCAGUUCUGCCUAUCUGCCCCAGGAGCUGCUGGGCAAG